AGCAAGUAUCGAUCGCGUACUGAUUACCUUGACCUCUUCUCAGCAAGGAUGGAAAGCCGACCCAAGCGCCAAAGUGCUGUGGACAAAGACUACAGAGAACGAAAAAGGUCUAAAAAGGACGAAAAGACCCGAACCGGUUCCUCUUCCAGCACAGUUCACACUCAGUGCAAGCAAUUAUAUAAAGAAUUACAAAAACUAAAAGACGACAGUGGCGAUCAUCUCGUCACCGAACUAUUCCAGCAAUUACCUCCGAGACGACAGUACCCUGAUUAUUAUGAAGUAAUCAAGCAACCGAUCGCUCUAAACGGCAUCAAAAUCAAAUUGGAUCAACAUGAAUAUUCAUCGUUGAGCCAAUUAAAAGCGGAUAUCGAACUGAUGGUGUCCAAUGCGAAAAAAUACAACAUCAAGGAAUCCCAAGUCUACGAGGACGCUGUAGCAAUACAGAAAUUCACCAAAGCGUGGUCGCCUACAGAAGACAAGUCAAGUCCGGCUUCAGGCACAGAACCCAAAACCGUUCUCAAACUCCCUGGUGGAGCAUUUGGACGCAAUGUGUCAACCCCACCCACCGAAAAUAAAAUCAAGUCCAUUCGCCUGCGUGCUGUCGAACGGCAACCAAAACGAGUAUAUUAUGUCCAGGAUCUUAUUACCGCUAUUAGCAAGCGCGAUUCAAAACAUGCGCUCGAAAUAUUGGAAUCGGAACCGUCGCUGGAUGUGAACGAACUAGAUAAAGUGGAAAUGUUUAACGACCAAUUCACGUGGGGACCAUUGCAUGCGGCGGCCUAUUAUGGCGACGUCAAACUGUGCCAAGCCUUACUGGCGCGUGGUGCAGAUGUUGAAUUGCAUGAUACAUGGUAUUCCGCGACACCUCUGGGCUGGGCAGCAUACGGCGACAGAGACAAGGUGGCCAGAUUACUGAUUGAUCAGUAUAAGGCGAAUAAAAAGGCGAAAAACAAGGUGGAUCAAGUCCCGUUUGAUGUUGUCUCUGAUCAGGACGAUCCUCGAUGGAUCGGCAUUUUCAAAGGCCCUUAUCCUCCCAAAAGCAAAACAGUGUCGCCCGAAAAGGCGCCUUCUACCUCUGGAUCCGCUGUCACCACCCCCGGCGGCAAAUCAGUGACACCGCCUGAACACAAAACGAUGUCCCAAGAAUCUCCUUCACCGGCCUCGGACGAUCGUGAUGCCUCGUCUUUUGCAAGUACAGGUACGUCUGUCAUCUUACCGGGCCAACCAGGAAGAAAACGACGUGGCCGACCCCCCAAAAGUGAAGUCGAGAGUUUGGCGGCCGCACUGAAGCCCGUGGAAGAAAUCGACCUAGAAGACUUUGAUCCCAUCGCUUUUAUGAAAGAACUCUUCCACGCCGUACGCAUUCACACCGACAACAGUGGACGAUUGUAUUCGGAGAUAUUCGAAGUCCUGCCUGAUCGCAAUGAAUAUCCUGAUUAUUACUUGGCCAUCAAGCAACCUCGUUCAUUAUCCAUGAUCGACGAAAGGAUGAGACAUCAAAAGUAUCCUACGCUACGCGACUGGUACAGGGACAUGGAACGCGUAUUUGAGAAUGCCAUGGAAUACAAUGAACCUGGAUCGCGAGUCUACCGAGAUGCCAAAUUGCUUUUGCGAUUGUUGCAUCGUCUAAAGGAUCGGGGACUUGUAAAAGAAGGUGUUCCUGAGAGUCAGGAGGCGGAUGUCAUGCGCCUGAGUCUUACCGAUCGUCCUUUCGAUGCCAGCGGAUCGUCAGCAGAUGAGAGACGACGCAAUAAACGGGGUUCAAGUAAACCACGAAUGCAGAGCAUCGAACCGGAUAUGAUGCGACCACCACGCCAGUACAUUCAAAUGGGACCGAUGUCAGUCAUGGCACCGCCACCCAUGAUGAUGCCUACCCCACUUCCACCGCCUAACCCGCCUUUCCCCACCGAAAUGAUGGCGCCUUACGUGCAACCAUCCCCCAUUGCCCAAGCCCCUAUCCAGGAACCUAUGCAAGAAAUGAGGCGGUCUCCCAUGAUCAUUGAUCAAGCCCACCAUCGAUUACCCACCGCGUCACCCGCAUUCUACGAAUUCUUCCAAUACGGUACAAACAAAUUACAAUUACUGUCCAAGGUUUGCAUUGCGGCGAACAAGACGUUGGAUUGGACGGUCAACGGCGACUUUACUGGGCACAGUCUCACGUUGCCGUCACGCGUGGACACCAUCACGAUUUGUCCGUUUUUGAGUGACACGCUACGAACACACAACCAGCGGGUAUCGAUUGCGAUUUUACAGAAUAAUUGCAAAUUGAAUAUGGAGGCGGAACCCAAUGACCCACCGAGUUGGAAAAGUGCUCCAUUACUACGCGGGAUGAAUACCUUUAAAAUCAACGUCACCGUCAAUAUUACCAUGUCCGAAACCAUGGCACCUGAAUAUCGCAGUCAAGUGUACCAUCUGUUCAUCACACAAACCUGGUAAACCCCGCAUGCUUUUGGCUUAUCUCCUCCAUUUUCCUCGAGAAAAUAAAUAAUAAAUCAUCAUCAUCGAUCCAUGUUCUUUUAAAAAUAUCGCUAGCCAUGACGUGGCGGGUGGCGGAAUGGAUUGGGAUCGACCAAUUGUUC